AUCUAUACUUACUUUCUGUGUACUUAUAUUUAGUGUAAAACAUUGUACUACAACAUUAUUUGUUACAUGUCUGAUUCAGAUCAUGUGGCUCGAACCUUGUUGUACAUUUGGUGAUAUUAGAGCCGCUCUGUUUUGUUAGCUUUGUCUAAAAGGGAAGGAAACCCAGGCCGUGUAAAGAAGAUAAAAAACAACUUCCUUUUCCAAAAUGUCAUUGCAUUUGUUUCUCUGUAGUUCCUGAUUCCUCUUCAUGCUGCAGUUUCAAUCAUUCUAUUUACACAAAGUAGAAGAAUUUCUCAUGAACAGUGGAACAGAUUCUCAGUGUUGGAUGUGAAGAUGGGACACACUUUGCUCUCUCUACUGGGGUUUUUCUUGCUGAGUUUACUUUACCGUGGACAAGCUCAAGAUGCUGUGCUGACCAUUGAGCCAAACUGGACAACUUUUUUUUCUGGACAGUCUGUUACCUUCAAGUGUGACAUUACAGGAGGCAAAGACAGCGACUGGUAUUACUCAAUCCACAACCAGCAUGGAGAAGUUUUCUCUCCCAGCAAUCAAAACUUCAGAACAUUACAACCUCUAACUUCAGGCUACAGUGGUGAAUACCAGUGCUUGUUUCAGAACGGGGGAUCAACAAAAAUAAGCAAUAAAAUCUAUCUAACUGUAUCAGACAGAAUCGUGAUCCUGGAAAGUCCUGCAUCCACUUUGUUUGAAGGAGAAUCAGUGACUCUGCUCUGUCGGCAUCGUAUUCAGAGAGAGGAGAAUGCUGCCUUCUACAGAGACGGAUCAUUAAUCACAACGGACAGAAACCACCAGUCACCAUUAAUGACAAAAAACACCGUUCAAGUGAUGUCAGACGGGAGCUCUUACAGUUGUAAAUUUGGCGAUGAAGAAUCUGAACUGAUAAAACUGAAAACUGAACCAAAACCAAAGGCCCAGUUGAGAGACAUAUUUCCAGGAGGGGGCAAUGUGACUCUAACUUGCUCUGUAGGACCAUCAUCAGCUUCUGGUUGGAGAUACUUCUGGUACAAAAAAGGGAAAACCUCUGAACCCCUGAAGACACAAGAUGUUGUUUUCCUCACAAAUGACCGAAUCAGUGUCUCACGAGGAGGCGUCUACUGGUGCAGAGGAGGAAGAGGAAACCCUGUUUACUACACAGAGUACAGCGAUGCAGUCGUCACAAACAGGGCUGUUGUGACCCUGCGACCCAACUGGCCUGAG